ACCCUUUUUGGUUCUCUUCAGGCUCCUGGGUAGAAUUGCACUUUAGCAGUGGGAACGGGAACAGUGUUCCAGCCUCAGUUUCUAUUUAUAAUGGUGACAUGGAAAAAAUACUGCUGGAUGCCCAGCAUGAAUCUGGACGGAGUAGCUCCAAGAGUUCUCACUGUGACAGCCCUCCUCGCUCCCAGACCCCACAAGAUACUAACAGAACUUCUGAAAUAGACACACACAGCAUUGGAGAAAAAAACAGCACCCAGUCUGAGGAAGAUUAUAUCGAGAGGAGGAGAGAAGUUGAAAGCAUCCUGAAGAAAAACUCAGAUUGGAUAUGGGAUUGGUCAAGUCGGCCAGAAAACAUCCCCCCCAAGGAGUUCCUUUUUAAACACCCAAAGCGUACAGCGACUCUCAGCAUGAGAAACACGAGCGUUAUGAAGAAAGGGGGCAUUUUCUCAGCAGACUUUCUGAAGGUUUUUCUUCCAUCCCUGCUGCUCUCUCACUUGCUGGCCAUUGGACUGGGGAUCUAUAUUGGGAGGCGUCUGACAACCUCCACCAGCACCUUUUGAUGAGAAUUGAAUCUGACGUUUCCCACAGUGAAGAUUCACACGUGAGCUCUGAUAGCCAACUGAAGAGCUGUGGUCCUUGGGUGGCUGCACUGCUUAUGUUAAUUUGUUCUGUAAAUGCGGUUCCUGAUUCAGUAAGACAAAGACCAGACACUAAAAUCAUGACCUAUAAUUAUACCCAUGGGAUCAAUUAACACGCAUGUCAGACUGCCUACUGUAGCAUUUGGUAGUAAGUUUUCUUCGGAUACUAGGUAUAAAUACUAUAAAUUUAAUGUAGCAGCAGUGGUGUAUGUAUUUAAAAUGAUCUGUAAUCUUAACUCAGUUCAGACACACUUCAGCAGAAUGAGUAGCUGCUAAUGAAAUCACCUUACAGGGUUUGUCCAAGAGGAAUAUUGUGGCCUUAUAAUUCAAUUACAUAGUAGAAAAUACCACACAUUUAUCUUAAGUGGGUGCAGGGUGUCUGUAAAGACCUUAACUAUGUGAAUCGUCAGUAAUAAUUGAAGCCAGGGUCCACCCACACCUACUGUGCAGUUCUAGGCUGUGCAGUUUUGUUAGCAGGAUGAGGACUCCAGCUUGGCUGUCAGCUGUCACCUUGCGGCCAGGUCUGCUGCCGGCACCCAGUAUCUGCCGCUCUUCAUCACUCUGCUGGAUUGGACUCUUGUGUGCUCUUAAGGUCAGCUGCAUUGUAAACACAUUUGCUUUAAAUGACUGGAAAUAGGAAAUAAAUCUUCGCCAACUCCUUCA